UCGAUAAAAUUUAUAUAUAUUUACGACAAACGAAGUCGAUGUAAAUAAAAUUUAGACACGAAUUUGAUUUGCAGACACAUGUAUUAUGCUUUCGUUAUUUCCCAUGAAAAAGAUAUUAAAAUAGUAUUUGGCACCAGUUUUAGAGGUUUCUCCGUAUAAAAUGACAUUAAGUGUAGACGUUGAAACUAGCUUUCUCUUACCUUUUGUUAUCUGCCUUUCUCAAUUUUAACAACAAUGGCAAACCAUCUUCAAGAUCCCUUAACCACUUCCACUAAACCAAGUCUAAUCAAAGAAGAAGAAAGAUCUGAUGAAGAAACGGUGAGCUUGCAAGCAGAGAGUCUCGUGAACAUAAUGGCCUUCCCCAUGGUUCUCAAAGCGGCCUUGGAGCUCGGCGUCAUCGAUACGAUCGCAGCCGUAGAUGAAGGCGUGUGGCUCUCUUCUUAUGAGAUUUCGCUUCGUCUCCCAACAAAACCCACCAACCCGGAGGCACCGGUUUUACUGGACCGGAUGCUGAUUUUACUAGCCAGCCACUCGAUCUUGAAGUACCGUACGGUUGAAACCAAAGAAAACAACCGAACCGGAGAGACCGAGAGGGUAUAUGCAGCUGAACCGGUUUGCAAGUUUUUCUUGAGCAGUGGAGAUGGCUCCGGUUCUCUUGCGUCUCUGUUCUUGGUAAACCUAAGCGAAGUCUAUUUCAAGACUUGGACACAUCUAAAAGAUUUGGUAUUAGAAGGAAAAGAUGCAUUCGUCUCUGCUCAUGGUAUGAGAUUCUUCGAAUACACUGGUUUGAACGAACGAUUCAGUGAGAUGUUUAACCAGGGAAUGUCGGAAGCUUCCACGUUGACCAUGAAGAAGGUUUUAGAAGUUUACAAAGGAUUCGAAGAUGUAAACACUUUGGUGGAUGUUGGAGGAGGAAAUGGAACCGUUAUAAGUCUAGUUAUAUCCAAGUAUCCUCACAUUAAAGGCAUCAAUUUCGAUUUAGCCUCGGUUAUAGCCAAUGCUCCUCUUUAUCCAGGAGUGGAGCAUGUUUCAGGAGAUAUGUUCACAGAAAUUCCAAAAGGAGAUGCUAUAUUCAUGAAAUGGAUACUACAUGAUUGGAAUGACGAAGACUGUGUAAAGAUUUUAAAAAACUGCUGGAGAAGUCUUCCCAAAGAAGGAAAAGUGAUAAUAGUCGAUAUGGUGAUACAACCAAAGAUCAACGACGUUCGUUCUAACAUUGUGUUGGCCAAAGACAUGGUGAUGCUAACGCAAUGCUCGGGUGGUAAGGAGAAGAAUCUUUCUCAGUUCGAGACUUUGGCAUUUGACUCGGGUUUUCGUCGUUGUGAAAUGAUCUGUCGUGUUACUUCAUAUUAUGUUAUCGAACUCCACAAAUAG